CAAAAACCAUAUGAGUAUGUGAUAAGUUAAUUAAAAAUAUGAUUGAGGGUAUUUUCAUCCAAAAAACUUGAAAAUAGUAAAAAAGUACUUCGAUUGAUAUUAACUCACGGUUGACGGACCUCAAGUUAUAUUUUUAAAGUUCACGGAUCUAAAAUAAUAUAAAAAAAAGAUGUCCCUCCAUAGAAAAUUAGAGGUCCCUAUGAUUCUCACCUAGCAGAGGCGCCGCUACUACACACAACCCAAAACUUCUACUCCAUUAGCCUAGAGCUUUUCUAGGGAUUUUCAGAUAUAAAACAAUGAAGCUGAACACCAGAAUUCCACCAGAAUUAACGGCAAAAUGGGUGAGGAAAUUAGCAACAAGCAAGUGAUACUCAGCAACUAUGUCAAAACAUCUGUGAACGAAUCCGAUAUGUCGCUGAGAACUUCCAAAAUUCAGCUUAAAAUUCCCAGCGGUUGCGACGGCGCCGUUUUGGUGAAGAAUCUCUACUUAUCCAUCGAUCCUUUUAUUCUUGCCCUCAUGAAGAAUCAGGAGCUCGAUUUACCUUCUUUCAUGCUGGAUUCUCCUAUUUAUGGAUUUGGAGUGUCGAAAGUACUGGAUUCGUCUCAUCCAAAUUUCAAGACGGGCGAGCUAGUUUGGGGGGUUUACUGGCUGGGAGGAGUAUAGCCUUAUUAAAGAUCCAGACCAAUUGUUUAAGGUUCAAGAUAAAGAUUUGCCCCUCUCUUAUUAUACAGGGAUUCUUGGUGAGUUUCUCGAGCCCCUUGUGAUUAUCGACUUCAAAUUUCACGCUUGAUUCCUGCUUCCUAGUGCUAUUUGUCUGAUCUAGAACUAGUUGUUUGUGAGUCUGCAGAAGUUAUGUAUGCAGUUAACUGUUAACGAAAACGAGCUGUUGAUGAACUAUAUAUGCUUGAAUUAAUAGAUUGGGAAAUGUUGGAUUUGUACCGUUUAUCUUGAUAGUUUCUGAAAAACAACAGUAGGAGAUGUACUAACUUGAGACUGAAAAUCAACGUGUUUCGCGUUAUCAUUUUAGGCAUGCCUUUAUGUUGGUUUUUUCAAGUUUUGCUCUCCCAAAAAGGGGGAAACUGUAUAUGUCUCUGCUGCAUCCGGAGCUGUUGGUCAGCUCGUUGGUCAGUUUGCAAAGAUCGCAGGGUGUUACGUUGUUGGGAGUGCAAGGAGCAAAGAAAAGUUUAUGUUUCACAUUUGAUGAACAAGUCGGGUUUGACGAAGCAUUCAACUACAAAGAAGAGCAAGACUAUAAUGCAGCGUUGAAGAGGUACUUCCCCGAUGGCAUCGACAUCUACUUUGACAACAUGGGAGGGAAGAUGCUCGAAGCGGUGCUAAACAACAUGAGACUCAACGGCCGUGUUGCGCUUUGUGGGAUGAUCUCCCAAUACAACAACCUUGAGCAGCCCGAAGGCGUCCACAACUUGAUUAACGCAAUAGUAAAACGGGUCCGUAUGGAAGGAUUUUUCACUAGCGAUGUCACGACCGCACUUCCUAAGGAUAGAAAGUACGGUGGAUCGCGACUAAUGGGGGAAUUAAGAAGCGGGGAAGAAAGGGAAAUAACAAUCAAGGGGUAGCAGACAAGGAAGUACGACAUAUCGAUCAAAAUACGAAAUUUCAUUUAUCAACAAGGUUUCAAAUCUUUAAGGUACAUAACGUCAAUGACAUAGUUUGACAAUUCAAAGGAAAACAAAGAAAUUCUUAAAACUUGGCAUAGCGGAAGCAUUUGAGAGUUAGCUACUACUAU